AUGAACAACACAAAUGAAAGCAGUAAUUUAACAUCAAGUAUAUCAAAUUCACAAAGAAUAAAACAUAAAAUAAUAUUUCUUGGCGAUUAAUAUGUAGGUAAAACAUGCAUAAUAGAAAGAUUUAUGUAUGAUGUAUUUGAUGAAAAGUCGCAUCCAACUGUAGGUGUAGAUUUUUUAGCAAAGUCUAUAAAGUUAGAUGAUAAAAAUAUCAGAUUAUAAUUAUGGGAUACAGCUGGUUAAGAAAGAUUUAGAAGUUUAAUACCUAGUUAUUUAAGAGAUGCUACAUGUGCAAUUAUAGUUUUUGAUGUUACAAAUAAAGAAAGUUUUAAUAAUAUUGAAAGAUGGUUAAAAGACUAUAGAGAUAAUAGAGGAAACGAUGCUUCUUGUGUUUUAAUUGGAAAUAAAAUAGAUAUGAAAUAAAUCAGAGAAAUUUCUUAAUAACAAGCUGAAGAAAAAGGCAAAAUGUUAAACAUGUUAUACUUUGAUAUUUCAGCAAAAACAGGAGAAAAUGUUUAGAAUAUGUUCUUAACUAUGGCAAAAUCACUUAUACCAAUUGAAAAUAAUAAUAUUUUAAAACGAGAAGAAAUUAAUGAAAAUCAAGCAAAUAUAGAAUAAUAAUAAACAGCUUAACAAGCUAAUCAAAAUUCACAAUAGAAUUAGAAUGUAUAACAGUAAAAAAAUAUUAAACUUGUUGAGUAAAAGUAAUAAUAGAAUUAAUAAUAAAACUAAAGAAAAGGUUGUUGCUGA